AUGCGGCAAGCUCCGGCGCCCACCGCACUCGGUGCCACCCGCGGACCGGCAACGCCGCACGACGAUGGCGCUGAUGCGAGCCCACGCGAGGAUCGCGCGCCGGACGGUAGCCAAAAGGCUCCGACGCACACGGUCGUGUUCUUUCCCCCGGUGCUCGGCGGCGCCAAACCACGGCCCGGCCGCGGCCUCGUGCUCGACGAGCAGUGGGCCGUCACGGCCAAGUUCACGGCGGGCACAUCGGUUGACAUGAUCGGAACCUGCGGCGGCCUGCUCUGCCUCCUCGACGUGCGCAGCUGCGCCGUCAGGAUCUCCAACCCAGCCACCGGCGCGUCGCUCGCCCUGCCGCCGCCGCCGUGCACGAGCACGAGCACGCGGCGCGACCCGCGCGCGUACUGCCUCGGCUUCGACGCGACCGCUAAGCUGUACAAGAUCGUGCACGUCCCACACGACUACAAGAUCGCGAGGUCCGGUUCCACGGGGAAGAAGGGGGUGGUGUACGUGCACAGAGUAGGAGACAAAUACUGGAGGCCCGUGCGCGCUCCCGGUGCCGCCGAGUGCUGCCUGGCCGCCGGCGGCGCCGUGUACAGCAACGGCGCAGUGUACUGGCUCACACAUUACGAGGUGGCAAGAGCCAGACUCGUCCGCUUUCGUCUGAACCAAGAGGAGGCAACGCUGGUCGAGCCCCCGCCGUUCGACGUCCACCGGAGGCCGCUCUACUGCCGGCUGCUGGAUGCGGACGCGGCGCCGUGGUGGUCACCAGCGAUCAAGGAGCGCGGAGUGUCGACCAUCGAGCACGCCGGGGAGAAGAUGCUGGUGGAAGGCAGGGGCGCCGCGAAGGCGCUAAGUAACGCAGCUUCACCGUGCGGCCGAGGAGAGGACCGCGCGCGCGUCAAGCAGGAGGUUGUCGCCGCCAUCCUGGGCAUCGUAGAGCUACCCUUAUACCGUGAGCGGCUGAAAAAGGGCCAUGGCGAGACGGUUGAUCGGAACUUGGAAAAGGCUCGAGCUGAUUGCCCGGUAAGCGGCGGCGGUCGCUACAUCCUCCGCACCUUCGCAUACGUUGAGCCCGUGUCGACUGCUCCUUUGGCGAACAAGACCCUGGGGCUAGGAGCAUCAGGUUGGAUGCGUGGUGGCUGUGGCUCAAGGAAGGAAGGCGCUAGCAGGUGCACCAUGCAACACAUGACCGAGAAACACAAGAUUAGUUACAACACCAGUUAUCAUCAAACGGAUACCGGCAUUUCUUGA